AUGUCUGCGCGCGUGCACGCUCUGAUCUUCGCCGUAACUCUCGUCGCGCUGACAUUGGUGUUCUAUACUCAUGGAGAAUCUAUCACGUGCACCCAGGAUGGACUCUAUGCUGACUAUGAUACAGAUUGCAGAGAAUACGUGCGUUGUAAAUCAGGCACAGUUCGCAGAAGAUACGUGUGCGGAUCAGACCGUGUAUUCAGCGAAGCGGAAGGAGCGUGUGUACCGCAACCCCGCCAACCAUGCAUCAGAAACGUCUGCGCCACCACUGACACGUUAGCCUAUGCAACACCUGGCACCGCUUGUCGACACUACUAUCGCUGCGAGAAUGGCACAGCCAUCGAUCGUACGUGCCCUUCUGGGUCAUGGUUCGAUCCUGAACGACAAGCCUGUUCACGCGGUGCGGGCACCUGCUAUGAGCCGCUGUGCGCUGGACUACCCGACGGUGUUUACCCGGACUCAUCACACGGAUGUCGGCGCACGUUAUUGUGUCGUGGUGCGGAACUUCGUGCCGUUGUUUCUUGUCCCGGUGGCAUCUGCACUGAAUUAUGUCCACCGCCGCGUUCUACUGCAAUUUCAUUGCCAGUCGGUGAUGCUGACUUUUGUUCCGACGAAGUGUGUUCAUCAUUAUGUGAGCAAGUUGCCGACGGUGCUUAUGCUGAUCGGUCUACUGGCUGUCGAGAGUAUUUUGUUUGCGAAGCUCAGAGAGUAAUUAGAAGGGGAGUAUGUGAACUGGGCCUGUUGUUUUCAAACGGUGGUUGCGAGCCAAUAGCUCACGCUUACUGUCCACCACCCGCAAGAAGCCCAUGCUUUAACCGACAGGACGGCCGCUACCGUGACUGGCGCGACUGCAAGUCCUGGUAUGAUUGCCGCCGUGAAAGAGUUGUUGCUCGUGGAGUAUGCGAUUCAGGAUUGGUGUUUGAUGGUACUAAAUGUGUUUCAUCGAAAAUUUUCUCGUGCGAAGGACCAGAGGAAUCAGAGGGAUGCGAAGGUAUGCCUAGUGGAACUUACCAAGACCUCGAAUCCAAUUGCACAAAUUACUACCACUGUGAAGGUUCACUAAGGACAGUAUUAAAGUGUCCGACUGGACUUAUAUAUGACGGCGCACGGUGUUCACCUGCAUCUCGUUACUUGUGCCCAAGUCUUGACCGUGAUUCUUGCUACGGGCGGCCAGAUGGACGCUACCGUGCUGUGGAUACCGGUUGCCGUGGCUACUAUGCUUGUGUGGGGGGAGAAAAGGCUGUGUAUGCAUGCGCUGCCGGUUUUGUGUUCGACGGUGAAAACUGCGUGCCUACGAGACCAGACCUCUGCCCAACCGAGAACUAUUCCUGCGCAGGGCUGGCCGACGGCUAUCAUGCUGAGAUUGAAACUAGCUGCCAUAGAUAUUUCUUUUGUCAAGGCGGUGAUCGAUUAGCGACUCUCUCAUGCCUCGGUGGUAAAAUCUUCGACGGCCAUGCGUGUGUCGAGCCUGCUCAUCACGAAUGCGGAGGUCAGAGAAAAGACGUCAUCGAAAAUGGCGGAAAUAUCUGCGAACGGGACGGUUUCUUUGUCGAGCAAAGCACAGAGUGCAAAAACUAUUACUUCUGCGUGUCUGGUGCCCGGACUUAUUUGAACUGCCCAACGGGGCAAGUGUUUAAUGGCCAAGUGUGUGUGUCCAAAAGCCAAUACUCUUGUCCAGGUUGA